AUGACGCGCCUUAGAGACGUCGCUGUCAUCUUUGCCAGCUCUGUCGCCUUAGCACAGGAUCCCCAGCAAGUACUUAAUGGGGGCUCUAGGCUUUUGACGACGCCUUUGGGCACUCAAGUUAACACCCUGGGCUCCUGUCUUAUGGGCUCGGCGUGCCAGAGAGUUGGCAAGAAGAUCACCAUCGAUGAUAUUGUCAUCUCCACCGAUGGUCAGGGAAACACAAAGUGUUGUCCCCUAGGCACCACUUUCAACGGGUCCCGCUGUGUCUAUCCCAAGUCCACCGUCUGUCCUCCCAACAUGCACUUUGCAAAUGGUGUUUGUGUCCUCACCUCUGGACCUGUCUGCGAGGACACAAACUUGGUGCCGACUAAGGACGGCUGUGCCUCAAAGGUACCGCCCAGAUGUCCUCCAGAAACCAUUCUGGACAACGGCCAGUGUGUGAUGAAGGAGGACCCAACUUGCCCAGGCGGAAAGAAGAUUGUGAACGGACUCUGUACCGUCGAUGAGGUACCGAAAUGCCCAGAAAAGGGUUUCCGUGCCCAGGGUAAUCUCUGUGUUUCGGAUGAAGGCCCAACAUGUCACCAAGACUGGCUCAAGGUGGUCGAUGGCAAGUGUGUGCACACCAAGGAGGCCAGCUGUCCACCGGGUACCAAGCAAAGCGGGACAGGCCGUUGUAUCUCUGUGCAACCUCCUUCCUGUCCGCCCGGGUUCACUGUUUCUGGCAACACAUGUCUACAUGAUACCGGGCCAUCGUGUCCUUCCGGGUCUACUUUCCGGAACGGCGUUUGCGAAUACAGCAGGCUGCCUUCCUGCAGUGAAGGAACCCUGACCAAUGGCGUAUGUGUGUCGAGCAGCCAGCCCGGAUGCCCGUCGGGUUUCAAAUUCGACAAGGUCACAGCUCGUUGCUUGAGACGGGAUCAACUAAACUGCCAGGCCGGAUACGUCAACAGAUGGGACCGCGUCAGUGACAAAGUAGCUUGCUGCCCCAAAGACUUUGGCGGAUUUGAUGGCACCUUUUGCACCCAGGACAACCCAGGCUCGAACGCAUGCCCCGUCAACUCGGAACUUCGUGACGGUAAGUGCGUCACGAGUCCAGGAGGCCAGCCCGAUUGUGACGGUGGGAAGGGUUUCGUUGAGAAGGGCGUCUGCUACAAGAAGGAGGAAGCUUCUUGCCCGACUCCUUUGAAGGUCUUCAAGGAUAAAUGUGUCUACGAAACAGAUCCUCACUGUACUGACGGCAAGCUAUCGCCUAGUCGCAUGGAGUGCAUUGUUGAAGGCCCAAACUGUCCAAAUGACUCGACUGUUGUGGAUGACGAGUGCGUCUCCAACGUUCACAUACCCGAAUGUCCUAGCAAUCUCAAGCGCAAAGAUGGCUCUUGCGUAGGCGAACCCACUCUCAGCUGUCCCCCUGGAUCCGUCAAGAACGGCGACUACUGUAUCUACGACAAUGUGCAGCCUGCCUGCAAGGAUGGCCUCUUGCUAUUGGGUAAUCAGUGUGUCACCCGUACCACUGCGAAAUGUCCCGAAGAUACGAUGCCGGAAGGAGAGUACUGUGUCUCUAUGAAGAAUCCAAUCUGCCCGGAACCCGAAUACAUCUACUCACUGGCGAGACGUGCUUGUAUAUACAAGUACAGACCAUCGUGUCUGCCUCCUUUUUACCUGAAGAAUGAAAGCCCAGAGUGCCCAGACCAGUCCACUGAGCUUGAUGAGAAGACGGGCCAGUGUAUCUCCCGUUCUGAAACUCCCAAGUGUACGGACGGAAGUGUUCUUACCAAUGGAAAGUGUGUUGUACGAGCUGAUUGUCCUCCCAACACCACCCCAAUGGGAGAUUACUGUGUUUCAUACCAGAAGCCGGCAUGCCGCGAUGGUUUCACUCUCGAAAAUGGCGAGUGUGUCCUCAAGAAGGGGCCUGCCUGCCCACCUGGCUUUGCCGCCCGUGGCACAGAAUGCUUUUCGACCAAGCAACCUGUGUGUCCCACAGGCAGCAUCCAGGAUGGCGAUCGCUGUAUUAUUGGUGUUAACCCAGACUGCAUCAUUCUGGGCACCUGCCCUGAAAUUGCUUAG